AUGGGCCUUUUGUACCUUGGUACGCCUAUGAACUGGGAAGAAGCGAAAAAGCACGCAGACCACGUUCGCUACCAUGGAAUCACUCAGUUUUUGCAUAUCUGGGACAAACUCAAGAACCGGAGAGGUGAUGAAUUGCUGUGGGGCGACGAGGUCGAGUAUAUGGUCGUGGCUAUGGAUGACAAAGAGAAAGAAGCUAGACUUUCUCUACGACAAACCGAGAUCCUCAACAAGUUGAGCUCUAUUGUGAACGACCUCUCUUCCGGAUGCCCUGAAUCUGUUUCGGUGCCCACUUUCCAUCCCGAAUAUGGCCGCUAUAUGCUUGAGGCAACUCCAGGCUCUCCCUACACUGGCUCAAUCCCCGAUCUGCUCUCUGUUGAAGCAAACAUGCGAUACCGACGCGUUCUUGCCCGUCAACAUUUGAAACCCAACGAAAUCCCGCUCACCGUCACUUCGUUUCCUCUUCUCGGGGUCCCUGGUCCGUUCACCGAGCCCCCCUCUGACCCCAUAGGCGCCAAAUCAAGCCACAGCCUCUUCCUCCCAGAGGAGAUUACGAACCCCCACGUACGCUUUCCGACAUUAACAGCGAAUAUCCGACAACGCCGUGGCUCAAAGGUGGCCAUUAACCUCCCCAUCUACUUCGACACCCAUACUCCCCGUCCAUUCGUUGAUCCAACAAUUCCUUGGGAGCGCGAUGUAUACCCAGAGGAUCAUGAGGCCAAAGAUGGAGCGGCUCUCACCGACCACAUCUAUAUGGAUGCGAUGGGUUUCGGAAUGGGUUGCUGUUGCCUGCAGCUGACAUUCCAAGCCUGCCAUGUUGGCGAUGCUCGACGUAUGUAUGACUGCCUCAUCCCGAUUGGCCCAAUUCUACUCGCUCUCACCGCCGCCAGUCCCAUAUGGCGCGGCUACUUGGCUGAUGUCGACUGUCGCUGGAAUGUAAUCGCUGGAAGCGUGGACGAUAGAACUGAGGAGGAACGCGGCCUGAAGGUCUCUUCUCAUUUUCAUUUUUAUGCCCUACUCAACAUCUCCAAGCCACUCAAAGACUCGCGCUUCGUGAUUCCAAAAUCCAGGUACGACAGCGUAGAUCUCUACAUUUCCACGGACUCGCGGAACCGGCCGGAAUAUAACGACAACCCACUUCCAUAUGACGAAAGCAUCUAUGCACGUCUUCGUGAACACGGAAUCGACGAUUUGCUUGCGAAACAUAUGUCCCACCUGUUCAUUCGUGAUCCUCUAGUGGUUUUCACGGAAACUCUUGACCAGGAUGACGAGAACAGCAGUGAUCAUUUCGAGGCCAGUCCACUCCUCCUUGUGAGGUGGGCUAUAUAUCUGAACUGCAGACAGAACAUCCAAUCAACAAAUUGGCAAACACUCCGAUUCAAACCGCCCCCUCCCAAGUCAUCCAUCGGCUGGAGGGUGGAGUUUCGAAGUAUGGAAGUUCAGAUGACGGAUUUUGAGAACGCAGCCUUCGCCGUAUUCGUGGUCCUAUUGUCCCGAGCCAUUUUGACUUACAACACCAACUUCUACAUCCCGAUCUCAAAGGUCGAUGAGAACAUGGCGCGGGCCCAGCGGCGAGAUGCAGCGCAGUCCGGGAAAUUCUUCUUCCGCAAGAACGUCGGCUCGCCUGUCCAGAGUGCCGCUUCCUCGUCAUGCAGUUCAGGCUGCAACUCUCCCGUUGUCGAAUCCAAACCCAUCAAAGAGAAGAAGAUGCGGAACUGCUUCCCCGACCCUCCACUGCCGGAAUUCGAAUCGCUGCAGGCCUCGGUGGAAGACGAAUACGAGGAGAUGACUAUGAAUGAGAUCAUGAACGGAAAGGCAGACUUUCCUGGGCUGCUGGGCUUGAUUAGAACAUAUAUUGAAACCCUCGACAUUGAGAUUGACGAACUGGCAAAGAUAAAUGCCUAUUUAGAUCUCAUCCGCAAACGAGCGAAUGGUUCCUUAUUGACGCCAGCGACUUGGAUUCGGAACUUUGUGCGAGCACAUCCUGCAUAUAAACAGGACUCUGUAGUCAAUGCGGAGAUCAACUACGAUCUCAUUGUUGCCAUAGACGAGAUAGAGCGUGGGGUGAGGAAAGCAGAAGACCUUCUUCCUGCGGACUACACGGGCAGUAAAGAGGACUCAGGGUCAAUUGGGAUGUAG